GUGCUAAAUAAUAUUUCAUUGUCUGGAUGCAGCACAGAUAAACCAUAUAUUUUUGUAUCUAUGUUUACAGGUGACCAAUCACCACUAAACUUAACUACUAUAUAUAUCAUCUCCUGCAUUCCGGUUAUCGUCUUGGUCAUUGUGGGAUCCAUUUGGCUUUGGAAAAUCCGUUGCUGCAGAAAAUGCAAAUUAAGAAAAACAGAAGCUACUUCAGGUGUUGAAGAGGAGGAAAUGCAGCCCUAUGCCAGCUACACAGAGAAGAACAAUCCACUCUAUGAUACUGUGACCUAGUGAAGAGGUCUCAGGUGUUAAAAGUGAAGUUGAUGGGCUGUGUCUCCAUACUUCAUAAGUUAUCGGAAUCUAGCAGCAGAACACAUGAAUAAAGAUACAGCAGAGCUACUAUUUUGAUUUUCUUAGAGUUCUAGUAGGAAAACCUGUUUUGGAAUUAGCUUUUCAAGGAUUCUGAGAAGAUAGAGUUUUUUAAAGUGUUUGCAUAAAUAUCCUUAUAUAAUUGAAAUUUUAGAAUGUUAGCUGGUAUUAGCUAGUUCUCUGAAGAACUGAUGUUAUUACAAAGACAGCAAAUGCUCAUGAUAAAAUAUUCAAAUUGUUUAGUAUAGUAGAUAAUGAAAACUGAGUUUCCUCAAGAAAGAACUCUGCAGAAGGAACAAUCUGAUAUGUAUUUUUUCAGAAAAUUUUAUGUACAUACAUCUGUACACCCAAGGUAUGGGUGUACAUCCAUAAGCCUAUUUACAUAUACAUAUAUACACAUACGCUUGUCAAGACAUAAAUGGGAACAUAUCAUGAUGCUCUUCUGCACUUAUUGAAAGCUAGUAAUAUGAUAGGUCUUGGAGAUCUUUUAUAUCAAUACAAGCAGAGCUACCUCAUUCUUUUUAAUGGUUAUAAAAUUCCAUUAUAUGGUCAUGUCAUAAUUUAAUUAACUACAGUCCUAGUGAUAGACAUUUAGAUUACUUUAAGUUUUAUUUGUUUGUUUUGGUAUUAUAAACAUACCACAUAGAAUGUUUCUUGUGGACAGAUCUUUUUGUAUUUAAGUAUAUUUAUAGAAUAAUUUCCCUGAGUAGAAUUUCAGGUCAAAAGGGCUUGUGCACUUUUUUUAUUGAUUGAUAUGUCAAAUUGUAUCAAUUUAUAUUCCCUUCAACCAUGUUUGAAUGUGCCUUUCCAUAUAUUAUUAUUUUAAUAUCUGCAAGAUUCCCACUUCUUGUUUUUAAUCAACCAGUUAACUGAUGUGUUGUAAGAUUAUAAUAAAAACUACACUAUUUGACAAAA